CAGAUAUGUUGCAUGUGGUCACACCCCGGCAAGAAAGCACUUAGGAAACACAAUCAACAAUUAAGUUAAUAAUAAUAUUUAUUUUCAAUAAUGGAACUAGAAGGCUCUGAAUUGGGUACCAAAGAAUACUGGGAAAACAGCUAUACACGCGAAAUACGAAAUUAUCAAAGUCAUGGCGAUGUGGGCGAAAUAUGGUUUGAUGAAGACUCUCAACAGCGAAUCGUCAACUGGCUGUUGAAGCAGGAAAACGUCGAUAAACAAACAGCACGUGUACUCGACUUGGGUUGCGGCAAUGGAAUGUUUCUCAUUGCGCUGGGCAAUGAGGGAUACACCCAGCUUACUGGCGUCGACUACUCGCCAAAGGCCAUCGAAUUGGCGAAGGGAAUUGCCAAGGAUCAAUCCCUGAACAUCAACUAUGAUGUCGCAGAUCUUACGCAAAGUGACCCACCGAAUUUGGGAAUUUACAAUAUUGUGCACGAUAAAGGCACCUACGAUGCCGUCAGCUUAUGUCCCGAAAAUCCCAAGGAGAAACGCACCAAUUACCUCAAAACGGUGGCUCAGCUGCUAAGCGACGAACACAGCCUAUUUAUCAUCACCUCAUGUAACUGGACGGAGGAAGAGUUACUGGUUAGCUUUGACGAGUUCUUUGUGAAACACUGCUCGAUUCCCACGCCCACAUUUAAAUUCGGGGGCAAGGUGGGCAACGUCGUCACCUCUGUGGUGUUUAAAAAGCGUCCAAGCAAUUGAAAACUACACUUCUUAAGCUAAUAAAUAGAUAUUUGUAUAUUUAUAAUAAAAAAUGUAAUAUUUCCUAC